GAAAGGUAGUGAUGACUGUCAAAGCAGUUAUGAUGGAACAACAUUACUAUUAAAGGUUGACGUGUAUAUUUUACUGAGACUGAAGUGCCAUAACGGACUGAAAAUGAGCAUGUUUUCUCAAGUACCGCAAGCGAAUCCAGCGCAACCUAAUAAUCCAGCAUUGUAUGAGGAAGUGAAAUUAUACAGAACUUCAAGGGAAAGGGCCAAAUAUGAUAACAUGGCAGAUCUGUAUGCCGUGAUAAACACGCUGCAGAGUUUGGAGAAAGCCUACAUUAAGGAUGCUGUACAAGCACGGGAAUACACUGGAGCUUGCUCCAAACUGUUGGUACAAUACAAGGCAGCGUUUAAGCAGGUCCAGGGUGAGGAGUUUCCAAAUGUGGAAUCAUUUAUGAAAAAAUUUAGAUUGGAUUGUCCAGCAGCAUUAGAGAGGAUUAAGGAUGAUCGUCCUAUCACUAUCAAAGAUGACAAGGGAAAUACCAGUAAAUGUAUAGCAGAUAUUGUAUCAUUAUUUAUCACUGUUAUGGACAAAUUGCGACUGGAGAUCAGAGCUAUGGAUGAGAUCCAGCCAGAUCUAAAGGAACUGAUGGAGACAAUGAGCAGAUUAAGUAUUGUGUCCUCAGACUUUGAAGGAAAAGUCAAAGUAAAGACUUGGUUGGACACAUUUAAUGGGAUGUCUGCCUCAGAGGAGCUGGAUGAUAGUCAGGUGCGACAGAUGUUGUUUGAUUUAGACAGUGCUUAUAAUGCAUUUAACAGGCUACUACAUGACCACUAGGCUGUUAAAAGAACAAUCAUGUCCACCAUCACCUUCCAGUCUAUGGUUCAUACGGCGAUGUAACGUCUGUGACAGGUUGUGGGGGAUAUUUAAGGAGUAUAACAAUAAACCAGAGAUACUAUCACAAAAAGUCUUUCACGUCUUUCACUGUGUGUUACAACACAACAAGAAAUCUGUUUCAAAGCAACAUAAGAUAUUUCUGUUCUUAUUACAAAUAACUAUAGAAAUUGGAGAUCAUUUCAACAUGCUACCCAGAGCUUCAUUGUAAGACUUUUAUUAUGUUGUUAUAAUAAAGGCAAUGAUUCUAUUGUUACAUGUUACUUUAAAUGAUGAGGUUAUUAGUGUAACCUGGAGGAAGCUGCUCCUCAGUAUAUGUAUACUGUUAGCCUGUAGUUAUGUAGUUGCUACUGUAUGCAGUCUACCCAGAUUUGAAAUCUUCAAAUGAAGGAUCAGUGUUUAGUUUCAGAAAGAAUCACAUCAUGUGACUAUUUUCAUGUGUAACUUGACUGAAGUCAUUUUAUGUGUCAUCGUGCGUUAUAUCACAUUGUGUAACAACUUUAUAUGGGAACUAGACUAAUAACAUUUGAUACUGUUAUCUCAUAGUAACCUUGUAUGAUGUUGCUGUAUGGUAGUCGGGUAUAUAUGAUGUUGCUAUACAGUAACCCUGUAUGAUGUUGCUGUAUGGUAGUCGGGUAUGAUGUUGCUAUACAGUAACCCUGUAUGAUGUUGCUGUACAGUAACCCUGUAUGAUGUUGCUGUACAGUAACCCUGUAUGAUGUUGCUGUACAGUAACCCUGUAUGAUGUUGCUGUAGGUUACCCUGUAUGAUGUUGCUGUACAGUAACCCUGUAUGAUGUUGCUGUACAGUAACCCUGUAUGAUGUUGCUGUAUGGUAGUCGGGUAUGAUGUUGCUGUAUGGUAGUCGGGUAUGAUGUUGCUGUAGAGUAACCCUGUAUGAUGUUGCUGUACCGUAACCCUGUAUGAUGUUGCUAUACAGUAACCCUGUAUGAUGUUGCUAUACAGUAACCCUGUAUAAUGUUGCUAUACAGUAACCCUGUAUGAUGUUGCUGUAGGUAGUUGGGUAUGAUGUUGCUGUACAGUAACCCUGUAUGAUGUUGCUGUACCGUAACCCUGUAUGAUGUUGCUAUACAGUAACCCUGUAUGAUGUUGCUGUAUGGUAGUUGGGUAUAAUGUUGCUAUACAGAAACCCUGUAUGAUGUUGCUGUAGGUAGUUGGGUAUGAUGUUGCUGUACAGUAACCCUGUAUGAUGUUGCUGUACAGUAACCCUGUAUGAUGUUGCUGUAUGGUAGUCGGGUAUGAUGUUGCUGUAUGGUAGUCGGGUAUGAUGUUGCUGUACAGUAACCCUGUAUGAUGUUGCUGUACAGUAACCCUGUAUGAUGUUGCUGUACAGUAACCCUGUAUGAUGUUGCUAUACAGUAACCCAGUAUAAUGUUGCUAUACAGUAACCCUCUAUGAUGUUGCUGUAGGUAGUUGGGUAUGAUGUUGCUGUACAGUAACCCUGUAUGAUGUUGCUGUACCGUAACCCUGUAUGAUGUUGCUGUACAGUAACCCUGUAUGAUGUUGCUCUACAGUAACCUUGUAUGAUAUGGUAUGAUAACUGUGUAUGAUGUUGCUGUAUGGUUACCCAGUAUGAUGUUACUGUAUGGUUACCCAGUAUGAUGUUACUGUAUGUAGUCGGGUAUGAUGUUGCUGUACAGUAACCCUGUAUGAUGUUACUGUAUGGUAACCCUGUAUGAUGUUGCUGUAUGGUAACCCAGUAUGAUGUUACUGUAUGGUUACCUUGUGUGGUGUUACUGUAUGGUAACCCUGUAUGAUGUUGCUGUAUGGUAACCCUGUAUGAUGUUGCUGUAUGGCAACCCUGUAUGAUGUUGCUGUAUGGUAACCAUGUAUGAUGUUACUGUAUGGUUACCUUGUGUGGUGUUGCUAUACAGUAGUCUUUUAUAAGGUUGCCAUGCUACAUAACAGUGAUGUUGCUGUCUCUGUUCUGGUCUUGUAACCAUGGGUACUUUCAAACUCCUUGACAUCUUUUAUUGUGUUUGUGUAAUUCUGUGUGAUUCAACAUCACUUUAACCCAUGUGAUCUUGGUCCGACUAUUCCAUUGUGUGACCUUGACAUUACGACAACCCACCAUGAUCUUGACCAAACUAUUCCUAUGUUAUCUGACAUUUUCAUUGCUCUAUGACAUUGACCUGACUAUAUCCUUUGUGACCUUGAUAUUACUGUAAGCCAUCUGACCUUGACCUGUCUAUAACACUGUGUGACCUAUACUAUAUAACCCUUCUGACUCAUUUAGAUCUAAAUAGUUCCUGAUUUCCAGGAAAGCUCCAGGUAAAUGUUACUUGUAAUAUAAGGCUGUCUUCUUAUCUGUUUUAUGUCAUUUGAUAAGUUCAAUGCAAACAGAGACUUCUAAGGAUGAAAUUAAUGAAUAUGUAUGUUGUCUGUUAGAGUGGGAGAGGAACACAUGAUUGUUAUGGUAUAAUAAAGGAUUUAAUGUAUUAGAUAUUACCACGUCCUUGAAAUUAUACAUUUGACAGAUUCCAAGUCGGACAUUGUGAAAUAAUUGAUUUCACAUGUAGUGAAUAAAUAAAUGGUUAAGAAAAUAGACAACCUUGUUGCUGUAAAGACACUUUCCAUUGAAGUGAAACAGUCUUUUUAGGAUUAAGGAUAUUACUUUCUGCUAAUAUGUGUUAUUUCUGACAGGGUAUGAAAUGUGAGAAGCAAAUGCUUGAAUGAUGGAUUAUUUUGGUAUCUUUUAUGCAUAUUCAUAAAAGAUCAUAUGUUUAUUUAUGUAUCAUAAAUGAAGGUAAUAUUUUAAGAUGUGUAGAUAGAGAAUCUGACAAGAAAAUGUAUGACAAAUCCUAUGUACUGGCCAUGGUUGAGUUACCUUAAUUGCUUGACUAAAUUGCACGCUUUAUAACCACUAUGAUUUUUAAAUAGAGCUUAAUCUAGCUUUACUACUGUCAAGGAAAUUGUAAUUUCAAAAUAUUUAAGGAUUGAUCUGCUUGUGUUUGAAAAAUUUGAUUUAAUAUUGUUCAAUAAAAGAUUGAUGUGAUCUUAAGGGAGAAUGAUUCAUUGAGUUGCCAUACCCUAUCUUUAGAGAAUUAUACCUAUACCAGAAUCCAUUUGUCAUUCGACCUUGCAUGUUGAUCACUGAAUGCACAAUCCAGAUUAAAAUGUAUAAUAGGAGUUGUGUCCUUUUAUCUGGUAAUAGUUAUCCAGUAUCCUUUGAAAAGCUGUAUCACAGUUGGACAUCGAUGUAAGACAGGGUCUGGUCUCUGAGAUGUUGUUUUCGUGUCACUUUAUAUUUGUACAGAGUUAAAUUGAUUUCUUACAACAAUACACUUCAUGUGAACCCCAGUACAUUUAAUAUGGAUAUAUGUAGACAACCCAAUAAAUUGAAAGUUAAGAGCAAAUAUUGUAUCUUAAUAACGAGUAUAUCUAUCACUUUAUUAAGGCCUCUGGGUAGGGAUAUGGUUCUACAUUAAAAUGUUAUCUGUAUUAUAACUCGCUAGACCUGUGGAGGGGGAUAGUGUUCUGUAUGGUAAUGUUAUCUUUAUUAUAACACUCACUAGGUCUGUUGAAGAGACAGGAUACUGUAUAAUAGUGUUAUCUUUAUUAUAACACUUACUAGGUCUAUGGAGGGAGACAGGAUUCUGUAUGGUAAUGUUACCUGUACUAUAACACUUACUAGGUCUGUGGAGGGAGACAGGAUUCUGUAUGUUAAUGUAACCUGUAUUAUAACACUCACUAGGUCUAUGAGGGAAAUAGGAUUCUGUAUGGUAAUAUCAUCUGUACUAUAACACUCAAUAGGUCUGUGGAGGGAGACAGGAUUCUGUUCUAUAACACUCACUAGGUCUAUGGAGGAAGACAGGAUUCUGUAUGUUAAUGUAACCUGUAUUAUAACACUUACUAGGUCUGUGGAGGGAGACAGGAUUCUGUAUGGUAAUAUUACCUGUACUAUAACACUCGCUAGGUCUAUGGAAGGAAAUAGGAUUAAGUAUAUGUAUUAUAACACUUACUAGGUCUGUGGAGGGGGCUAGGGAUCUACAUACUAAUGUCUCCUGUACUAUAAUAUUCUUUUUAUGUAUCAUUUCAAGCACUAUUUUCAAUCAGCAAAACAUACACAGAAAUAAAACCAUUCAGGCAUCAACUGUUUAGUUUCAUUUUUUCUGUCAAUACCUAAUCCUAGUCAAGCAUAUUACCUGAUAUAUAAUUUGUAAUUAGCUGUUUGGUUUUAUGCCAGGUUAAGAAAACUGUAUUUUAAUUCCUGCAAAUCUUUUUGUGAUUUUUAUUUUUCCUUUUUUGAAGUGUAUAAAGAUGUCGUGUAAAUAAAACCCAUUGUAUCUA